AUGUCAUUAUCAUUUAUAUCUACAUCGACAUCAUCCUCACCAUCCCCAACUUCACCACUAUCGCCAACGUCAUCACCCACAUCACCACCAUCUCAGCUGGUGCGAUUCAACAAGUGGUACCAGAACAUUCACGGCUACCUGAGCAUCAUCGUCUGCAUAUUUGGCAUCAGUAGCAACAUCAUCAACAUUCUCGUCCUCACACGCCCCAAGAUGACCACACCGACCAACACCCUGCUGACCGUCAUUGCCUGCUACGACUUCAUGACCAUGGUCUCCUACCUGCCCUAUGCCAUCUACUUCUACUGCUACUCAUCUCUGGAAGGUGGUCUCGGACAUUCAAAGUCCUGGAUUAUAUUUCUGAUAUUUCACAACAAGUUUGUGAUCAUCUGCCACACGUCUGCAAUGUGGACAACAGUUCUCCUGGCUGUUCUCAGAUUUUUCGUCGUCACCAACCCCAAGUGGAACCUCACCAACCAAGUUCCUUUCUUCUUGUUUUUAUUUGUGGUCAGCGUCUUUUGUGCCACAGUCCUCACUUGCAUGCCCAUGUACUUCAUGCACAAGCUGGUCGACCUUGACAUUCAACAUAACUUAAAUUCCAGUAGAAGUUGGAUUGGUAACGAAAAUAUAACAGCAGGACAGACGAAGCAACGGAAAUUUGGUUACUGGUUGAAAGAGAAUGAUGCCCUGCCAGACAAAAUAUUGCUUCUAAAUUUCUGGUUGUUUGGCGUUUUGUUAAAAUUGGCCCCAUGUCUGCUACUAUCAAUUUUGAGUUUGCUGCUUAUAAGAAGCAUGCGCCAAGCCAAUUUCAAGAGGAAGAAAUUAAAACAACGACAAUUUUGGUUGAAUAAUACGAAAAGUAGCCAUCGCAACGAGGCCAUGUUGAGGAAAGGAGUUGACUGCAACCGCACGACAGCGAUGCUUGUGGCUGUCGUCCUGACGUUCGUCGUGACGGAACUUCCCCCUGGCAUCAUAUCGCUGCUCAGCACUUUCGACUACAGGAUAUUUGAGGACAUUUACGUGCAACUGGGAGAUGUGUGGGAUAUUCUGGUGCUCAUCAACAGCGCAGUUAAUUUUGUACUCUACUGCACGAUGAGUCGCCUGUACAGGAGGACCAUUUGUGAAAUGAUCACUUUCAUCAAAAAUAAAAUAUCAAACUAUUUUUCUGGCUUGUGUAAGUGCUGA